AUGGCUCAGAAACUCUCAGAAUUUCUUAUCAUAUUCUUCAUAAUAUGCCCAUUAUUCUUAUUAUUUCUUGCUUCUGCACAAAAUGAUUAUCCAAUUACAUCACAAUCUGAUUGUGUUUCAACCUGUGGAUCUAUCGAAAUUCCUUACCCCUUUGGAAUGAAGGAUCCAAAAUGCUAUGCCGAUAAGUGGUUCGAAAUCGAAUGCAGAAACCAGAAACCUUACCUUAAGCUCAUAAACCUUGAGGUCACAGGCAUAUAUGCUUCGAGUAGCAUGGUAGAGAUCAUGAACCCAGUUUUCCGAUGGAAGUGCAAAGAUGACAAAGAUUCAAAGCCAUUCGUCAACCUCACAGGAACACCUUUUUCGUAUUCCAACGAUCAAAACAAGUUCACGGCCAUAGGUUGCAACAAGAUCGCAUUUUUGGUGUCUAACGGCUUAGAAGUCAGCGGUUGUGUCACCCUUUGCGACCAACACGACAAUGAAGAGGUUAACAGCAACGUUGCUUAUGGACAAGGAACCGAUGGGUGCUUAGGCAGGUUCUGCUGUGAGACAUCACUGCCUCUGUACCUUUCAGAAUUCAACGUGACACUUGAAAGCAUGAACAAUAGAAGUUCAAGCGAUGAAUGCGUUCAUGCGUUGAUUGGGACAGAUUAUUGGUACGAAAUUUAUGAUGGUACUAGUACUGAGUAUAGAAGCCUUGGUGACUUAAGGGGUUUGAACUAUGUUCGUGCCAUGCUUGAUUGGGUGAUUCUCAACAACACCGUGAAACUACCUUCGGAUUCAAACUGCACCCAUGUUGUUGGUUAUUCUUCUUCUAGUUCUUCUGCUCGCAGAUGUGAGUGCUACUCAGACUCUUUUGGCAAUCCAUAUGUUACUGGAGGUUGCAUUGAUUUUGACUCAUCCAAUAAGAACAGUCGAGCAAAGUGGGUUAUAAUAGGAGUAUCCGCAAGCCUGGGAUCUAUCAUUCUACUUCUCGGUCUGUGGUUUAUGUACAUUGUUGUAAGGAGAAGAAUUUUAAAGAAACGGAAAGAGAAAUUCUUCAAACAAAAUGGUGGAUUGUUGUUGCAACAAAGAUUAUCCACCGGAGAAGUGAGUGUUGAACAAGCUAAAGUGUUCAGCUUAAGGGAGUUAGAGAAGGCCACUGACAACUUCAAUCUCAACAGAGUUCUUGGAAAGGGAGGUCAAGGUACUGUUUACAAGGGCAUGUUAGUAAAUGGCGAAAUUGUUGCGGUUAAGAGGUUCAAGGUUCAAGGAAAGGUUGAAGAAUUCAUCAACGAAUUCGUGAUUCUUUCACAAAUUAACCAUAGAAAUGUGGUGAAGCUGUUAGGGUGUUGUUUGGAGACAGAAAUUCCUCUGCUCGUUUAUGAAUUCAUUCCUAAUGGUAAUCUUUUUGAAUACUUGCAUGAUCAAAACGAAGAGUUACCAGUGACAUGGGACAUGCGUUUAAGGAUUUCAAUUGAAGUUGCUGGAGCUUUGUUUUACUUGCACUCAAUUGCAUAUCAGCCAAUUUAUCAUAGAGAUGUGAAAUCAACCAAUAUACUUUUAGAUGGAAAGUACAGAGCAAAAUUGGCAGAUUUUGGUGCAUCUAGAAUAAUUUCUACAGAAGCCACUCAUCUCACUACGGUAGUUCAAGGUACUUUUGGAUAUUUAGAUCCGGAAUAUUUUCAUACUAGUCAAUUUACGGAAAAGAGUGAUGUUUAUAGUUUUGGAGUAGUUCUGGUUGAACUUUUGACGGGCGAAAAGCCGAUAUCAUCGAUAAGAGAAGAGGAUGCCAAGAGUUUGGCAUCUUAUUUUGUUGGUUCUAUGGAGCAAGAUUGUUUGUUUGAGAUUGUUGACAAGAGAGUGAUGAAAGAAGGGGAGCAAGAACAGAUCAUUGGGGUUGCUAAUCUUGCAUAUAGGUGCUUGGAGUUGAAUGGGAGAAAAAGGCCUACUAUGAAAGAAGUCACAUUGGAGUUAGAAAGGAUUCGGAAUUUGGAUAGAAAGGUUGAUGAUCUUGUUGUUGUUGUUGAUUCACAAGAGCAAUACCGCCAUGAAGAGAUUGAGUUUGUUGGAACUGAAAUGCCAUGGACAGGGGAUUCUGAAUUAGAUACAUUGCCAAGCAUAGGAAACAAUACAACCUCCUCGGAAAUUAGGCCUAUCCAUGCAAAAUAUAAUUGAUACAAGCUCCUAGGAAAUUAGGAACAAUACAAUCACUACAACAAUAUAGAUUA